AUGGCUUUAGAAUCAGAUAAUUAUUUUAAAUACGGAUUCAGCAAUUUUACAUUCAACGUCGAUCGACCAAAAAGAAUCAUCACGAUGAAGAACUACAAAGGAAUUUUAUAUGGUGCAGUAGCAUAUUCAGUCAUAAUUGGACUAAUUUACGUAGCUUUAUCGGUUGUGGGAUUAAUGACAAGAUGGUGCAUGAUUGAGUCGAAAGGCAGUCCACUGACUUAUAUGCUUUAUUUGAUUUAUUUUAGAGUGUCAAGUUGCGAACCAGGUGUGGAUUGGAGCCUUUUAAAUAUUAAUGGCGCAGUGACUGUUCCCAUACCAGAUGAAACAGAUGCUGUACGAGAAACAUUUAUAUUUUUGAUAGUUUAUCUUGGACUGCAUUCAGCAUUAGUUUUCACAAGUCUAUACGCAUUAUGCGGUGUAAAUAAUUCAUGCUUGGGACGUCGCAGUUUUCCAAUAUUCUUCGCUCCUUGGAUUAUUGUUUGGGUGUCAAUUAUCGUACUUGACGUUAUAGCAACUGGUUAUUACAUUAUGGAUUCUAUAAAAUUAUCCAGCACUGAUGGAGUGUUGUCAAUAUUACAAGUUUCAAGUGGUGCAGAUAUUGAUCAAAUAUUAAGACUUUUUGGAGAAUUAUCAUCACUAUAUAAAAUUAUGCCACCAAUUUUUAUGCUCUUAGCCACGUCCAAGAUAUUCGUAUUCAUCAUAAUUAAUAUUGUAUGGGUUGUUGCAAUCACACGAGCUGGCUGGGCAGCAUCAACUUAUCACAUGUAUCAUGAUCAAACCAGAAGAAAUUAUGAGAAUACAAUGGCUAAUGUAAAUCCAGCAUUUGAAGGCAUGAGAGAUGAUGUUGUAGCACAAAAACAGCAUGAAAAGCAAAUGGAUUAUAUAAGUGAUCAGUCAUCAAUCCAUGAAGUUCCAUCAAGUUCUCCACGACCUUUAGCAACAGCACCACCACAAGAAAAUACAGAAUCACGUUAUAAUGAUACAUCAAGAGAACAAGGACAUGUUUAUCCUUAUCAUAUGUCUAAUACCAGAAACGAAAAGCAACGCAGAGAAGCACCACAGCCUCCAGAUCCAACUAUCGAGGACGAACCUCAAACAUCAUAUAAAAUAAAACGACCAACAACAUUAGUUCUUCCUGAACGUCCUCCAUCACAGCAACAACAGUAUCAACAUCAAAAUAGCAAUCAAUAUGAAUCGGACAGAGAAAUUGACAGUCGAUUAAGUCGAUAUCAAGAAACUAGUGGACAUGCAAUUAAGACAGUCGAACCAAUCAAAUAUGAUGAUAUUCCUGAACAACAGCAAUCAAAUACAAGAGUUCUUGUUCUUCCACCAAUAUCAGAAAGUCGUCCACAUAGUCUCAAGCCAAUUCCACCUCCAAAGCCUCAAAAUUAUAAUAAUGUCAACAGUAAUAUUAAUAAUAAUAGAUUUUCUGUCCAGCCAAUGCCAGCAUCACGAGAAUCGCCAGUUCUAUAUAGACCAGAACGAUCAAAUAGCGCACGAGUAGCUCCAGAAAGAACAAGCAGCAGUGCUAGAGCACCAGAAGAAUUAAGAAGUCAACUUCCAUGGAGUUAUUUCAAGCCACGCGAUGCUACACCAAAGAAAGCUUUCGAUCAUUUGGAAGAAAAUGAAGACAUUCCAGCCGUUCCCGUUCCUGACUAUACACUUCACUAUGGCAAAAAAGGAAGAUCAAAUUUAGGCGAAAACGAAAGCGAUGGAAAUUGGAGCCAUUCCCGAUAUUAGAAGAUGUCAAGUGUCUAUAGAAACAGUUUUGAUAAGAUGUCAAUUAAUGUAUGUUGUGCAAUACUUAAUAUUAUUAUUUAACAAAUUUUUUAUCAGCUUCCUUAUUUUUGCUUGCUAACUUCAAACUUCUUUUA